UCAAACACACACCUCAACAAGGCUUUCUUUGAUAGUAAGAAAUGGUUUCCACUAGCCAAAAACAAUACAUAUUUAUUCUAUUCCUCCUCUUUGCACUUUGCAUUACCAAUGUAAUGUCAAGAAAGCUGCAACAAUCCUCAUCAUCUUUACAAGAAAGACAUGAGCAAUGGAUGACAAAAUAUGACAAAGUGUAUAAAGACGAUGCUGAGAAGGAAAAACGUUUCAUGAUAUUCAAGAACAAUGUUGAAUUCAUUGAAUCAUUCAAUGCUGCUAACAACAAACCUUAUAAGCUAAGUGUUAAUCACCUAGCUGAUUUGACACUUGAAGAAUUUAAGGCUUCCCGUAAUGGUUACAAGAAGAGAUCUCUUGAGGUUACUACAACAUCAUUUAAGUAUGAAAAUGUGACUGCUAUUCCAACAACUAUAGAUUGGAGGGUAAAAGGAGCUGUCACUCCAAUCAAGGAUCAAGGUCAAUGUGGGAGCUGUUGGGCAUUUUCAACUGUGGCUGCAACUGAGGGUAUCAACCAAAUAACAACCGGGAAACUAAUCUCUCUCUCAGAACAAGAGCUGGUUGAUUGUGACACAAAAGGUGAAGACCAAGGAUGUGAAGGAGGACUAAUGGAAGAUGGAUUUGAAUUUAUUAUUAAAAAUGGUGGAAUCACAAGCGAGGUUAAGUACCCUUAUAAAGCAAUUGAUGGAAGUUGUAACUCUGCAACUAUUCCUGUAGCUAAAAUUAAGGGAUAUGAGAAAGUUCCAGUAAAUAGUGAGGAUUCACUUCUUAAAGCUGUGGCUAACCAGCCAAUAUCAGUUUCUAUUGAUGCUAGUGACUCAAGUUUCAUGUUUUACUCUAGUGGAAUUUAUACCGGAGAAUGUGGUACUGAGUUAGAUCAUGGUGUUACUGCUGUUGGUUAUGGUAAUGCUAAUGGUACUGAUUAUUGGCUUGUAAAAAAUUCAUGGGGUACAAUAUGGGGUGAGAAAGGAUACAUAAGGAUGCAAAGAGGUAUAGCUGCUAAGGAAGGCUUGUGUGGUAUUGCCAUGGAUUCCUCUUAUCCAACUGCUUAGUUUGUCCAAUUAUGUAAAUUGUGUCUCAAGCUUGUAUUUUUUCUCUUACUAUUUGAACUUAUAUGGCUACAUAUACAUGUAAACUUAUACUUUAACAAAAUUACUCAUACAGGUAUGCGAAAUCAAUGUGUUAU